AUGGAAGGAGAAUCGCACGACCAGAAGAGCGACAACGUUUACAACUGCCAACCCCCGACACCACCACCACCGAUUCUCCCUUCUACGACAGUGAAGAAGGCUGCCGAUGCUAAGGUAUUAUUUGUUAUGGCGAGCAUUGUUGAUGUUAAUCAUAUCUCUAUUAAAACAUUGUACUUUCACCACCGUCUUUGUGUCCCACCAUCUUUUCACAUUUGGUUGUCCCAGAUAUCCGGCUUAAACAACAUGAUAUUUCUCCAAGUGACCAAGUUUAAAAAAGGGAAAAGGUUUAGAAAAGAGAACUUGAAGUUCCUGGAUUGAUGUGUUUUUAUGGUAGCAAAUUUGUACUCAAAUGACAAAACAAAUAUCGAUUUUCAGUUGAUUUUUAUGUAAUCGUUAGAUAUAAAUGAUUUUUAGAAGUGGAGAUAUGUAAUGUAAUAUUUAGAAUUUUAUCAAACAUUAAUUGGAAGCAAAAUCCAAGCUCAAAGUCAGAAAAUGAAUGGGAGCAGGUUGCAAUAAAAUUAGGUGAAGGAGGUG